AUUCUCUGUGAUGAUACUAGUCGAUACUAGUUGUGCGACUUUCACUUCUUAGCUUGGUUUUGUUAGUUGCGAUAUUUAUAUUGUGAUAAAGAGUUGUAGGAAUUGCAAAUUUUUUUCGCUACAUACAAUAUAUAUGUAUAUACAUAGACGUAUGCAUACAUGAAUGCAUAUACAAACGGAUAAAGUAUUUUAAUAUCGUUCUUGUGGAUUAGUCAUUUAUUUAAGUUUUUAUUAAUAAAAGUCAGUGAUAACAACGUAUACAAGACAAAAGUUCGUAGGACAGUUCAAGCAUGUAAGAGAUCUGAAAAAAGAAAGUCUAUAUAGACAGGAAGAUAACCUUAUUUUUACUGUCUAUAGUUGUAGUUAAUUAUUUAUGAAAUUUCAAUACUCUUUCACUUUUUUAUCGUUGUGAAUACACACAUUUUGAAUACGACAAAUUCUUACAUAUAUAUGAUGUCUACAAUGUCAUUAUUUGACGAUAACGUAUCAUAUUUAUAAGAAAACGAAGUUUUGAACAAAAAGGAAUAUAAUUAAAGUGGAUUUGCUUUCGAGGAAACUUAGAAUUAGACAAUCUAAAAAGUAAUAAAGAUGAGUUCUCAUCAUCAUUUAAAUCCAUUGUCUGGUGAUAUAGAACACAUUAAUCAUCUCUCUGAUGAUAUUGGCGCACUUUAUCUCUCCGAUGAGUAUUCAGAUGUAACUGUAAUUGUUGGUGGACAAAGAUUCAAUGGUCACAAAAUUAUAUUAGCUGCACGUAGUCAAUAUUUUAGAGCUCUUUUAUUUGGAGGUUUAAAGGAAUCAACACAACGAGAAAUUGAAUUAAAAGAUGCCAAUUUGGCUUCGUUUAAAGGUUUAUUUGAAUACAUAUACACAGGACGUAUGUCGCUUACAGAUAGACGUGAAGAGGUAAUUUUAGAUAUUCUUGGAUUGGCUCAUCUUUAUGGGUUUUUAGAACUAGAAACCUCUGUAUCAGAUUAUUUAAGAGAAAUAUUAAAUAUAAAAAAUGCCUGUCUCAUAUUUAAUGCAGCAUUUUUUUACCAAAUAGAAUGUCUUACAAGGGUUUAUCAAGAAUAUAUGGACAAACAUGCUUCCGAAGUGAUACAACAUGAAAGCUUUUUGCAGUUAAGUGCUGCUGCUUUGAAUGAGCUUAUUUCAAGAGAUUCAUUUUAUGCGCCAGAGAUUGAUAUCUUUUUAGCUGUACAAGCUUGGGUAAAGGCGAAUUCUGAUACUACUGACAGAAGUGUUUUAGAUAAGGUACGAUUAAGCUUGAUUUCUAUUUUGGAUCUCUUGAAUAUUGUUCGACCAAGUGGAUUAGUUGCUCCCAACAUAAUUUUAGAUGCAAUUGCUACAAAAGUACAAAGACGAGAUUCUGAUCUUACUUAUCGAGGUCGAUUACUUAUAGAUGAAAAUGUUGCCCAUCCUAUGCAUGGGGCUCAAGUUCUGCAGGGUGAAAUGCGUAGUUAUUUAUUAGAUGGGGAUACAAGCAACUACGAUUUGGAACGAGGGUACACUAGGCAUACAAUCACAGAAUCACAGGAAUAUGGUAUUUUGAUUAAAUUGGGAACUCAAUGUAUCAUUAAUCAUAUCAAGAUGUUGCUUUGGGAUAAAGAUAUGCGCUCAUAUUCAUAUUACAUAGAAGUGUCUAUGAAUCAAAAAGAUUGGGUGACUGUUAUUGAUCACACAGAAUAUUUAUGUCGCAGUUGGCAGUAUUUAUAUUUUGAACCUAGGGUAGUUCUAUAUAUUCGUAUUGUUGGAACAAAUAAUACUGUAAACAAGGUUUUCCAUGUUGUAAGCUUUCAAGCCUAUUAUACGAGUCAAACAGAAAAACUUUCCAAUGGUUUUGUUGUUCCAACACGAAACGUUGCUACUAUGGAUCGUAGUGCUACUGUUACCGAAGGAGUUUGUAGAACAAGAAAUGCUUUAUUAAAUGGUGACACCUCAAAUUAUGAUUGGGAUAGUGGAUAUACCUGCCAUCAGCUUGGUUCUGGAUCUAUUUUAGUACAACUUGGACAACCAUAUGUCAUAGAUUCUAUGAAAUUAUUGUUAUGGGAUUGUGACAAUCGUUCGUAUUCAUACUACAUAGAGGUAUCUGGUAAUUGUUGUAAUUGGACUCGUGUUGCUGAUAAAACUAGAGAAACUUGUCGUUCUUGGCAAACCAUUCACUUCGAACCGCCACGUCCCGUUGUCUUUAUACGCAUUGUUGGAACAUUUAACUCAGCAAAUGAGGUUUUCCAUUGUGUUCAUUUUGAAUGUCCGGCUGAGGUAAAUGAUAAAGAUAUAGCUAAAUCUCCAGUACAUAAAGGAAAACAAGCAACACCUACUGAAUCUACGCUUUCAAUAGCAACACCUCCGCCAGAAACAACUACAGAAGCAGUAAAUCUUGAUCAGGAAGAACUAAAUCCGAAUUGUAAUAAUGUUUGUUCAUAGUUCACUAAUUUUUUAGAAAAAGAUCAUGCAUAAUAUUCUACCAGUUUUAAUUCAACAAUGCAUUGAAUCUCAGUUUUCAAAACUGUAUAUGUUAAUUACACGUGUUAAGUAUCAACAAAUUUGUAUAAUAUUAAGUAAAUUAUUAUUGUAAAAAUA